AACUCCCAUGCAAACCAAGAUUUCUUCAUAAACCAAAUUAGAGCAACAAAAAAAGUCUCAUUUCUCUCUCUCCUCUCUCUCUCUCUCUCUCUCUCCUUGAAACAAGGGGAGAAAAUUCUUCUUCCUCUUUCUCCACCUCACAGCUCUGAAAAAUGGGUUGUGGGAAAUCGAAGCACGAUGUUGCCGCGGGGAAUACCAUUAGCAAAAGCAAGAGCAACAAGAACACAAAUGUAGAAACCAUCCCCGAGAAUGUCACAAACGACACGAACACAACGGUGCAACAACAAAAAGAAGAAAGCGAAGAUGCAAAGGAGAACAACGUCUCACCAGUAAAACAAGAAGAAAGAGGAGAGGGUGAGAAAGGAGAAAGCAAAAAUGGUGACUCGAAGAAAGAUGUUGCAACUGUUGUAGAUUUGAAGGAAGGAGAUAAUGAUAAGAAAGAUUCGAAGGAGAAGAUUGAGGAGAGGGGUGUGGAAGAGGUGAAACAAGACUCAAAGACGGUUGACACCGUUGAGGCCAUUGUUUCCAACAAGGUUGAUGUUUCUGAGGAGAGUGAGAAAUCAAAGAAUGUGGUGGAGGAGAAGGGAUCGGUUGAAGAAGUGAAAACGGUAACAGAGAAUGGUAUUAUAGAGCCCGUGAAAGUGAACGAAGAGAAAGCCAAAGAUGUGGCUCCGGCAACCAUUGAACCAGAAGCUACU